AUGAUGAUGGAAAGUAGAGAUCCAGCUAUUAAGCUCUUCGGCAUGAAAAUCCCUUUCCCGGCGGUUUUUCAGCCGACGGUGGCGGUCGAGGAGGAGGAAGAAGACGAGGAGGUGAUAGAGUUCAGCGGCGGAGAUGGAGUAGAGGAUAAAUCAGCAGAAAAGAAGGUAACUCCAAAGUUAUCAGAUAAGAACAACAACUGUAACAGCAACAACAACAACAAGAACAGUCAUGACUCCAAACAAGAAACCGGUGACAAAGAGGAGACGACAUCAACAGAUCAGAUAGAGAGCAGCGACUCUCCUGAGGAAGACAAUGAUCAGCAGACAGCUGACGGCAAAACCCUGAAGAAACCAACAAAGAUCCUGCCAUGUCCGAGAUGCAAAAGCAUGGACACCAAGUUCUGUUACUACAACAACUACAACAUAAACCAGCCUCGCCAUUUCUGCAAGGCCUGUCAGAGAUACUGGACAGCCGGAGGCACCAUGAGGAACGUCCCCGUCGGUGCAGGACGCCGCAAGAACAAAAGCUCCUCCUCUCAUUACCGCCACAUCACCAUCUCCGAGGCUCUCGAGGCUGCGAGGCUCGACCCGGGCCUGCAGGCGAACACCAGAGUCCUGAGCUUUGGCCUCGAAGCUCCUCCCAUGGCACCUGUGGUGAUGAAGCAGCUGCAAGGGGACAAGAAGGUCUCAAACGGAGCAAGAAACGGGUUUCACGGGCUCGUGGCUCCUCGGGUAGAGAAUGGAGACGAUUGCUCUAGCGGAUCUUCUGUGACCACCUCUAACAACCACUCAGUGGAUGAGUCAAAAGCACAAAGCUGCAAAGCUGUUGAACCACAAAUGAACGGUUAUGCUUGCAUCCCUGGUGUUCCAUGGCCUUACACGUGGAAUCCGGCGAUGCCUCCACCGGCUUUUUACCCUCCUCCGGGGUAUCCGAUGCCGUUUUACCCUUACUGGACCAUCCCAAUGCUAACACCGCAUCAGUCCUCAUCGCCGAUGAGCCAAAACGGCUCCGUUCUCGGUAAGCAUUGUAGAGAUGAAGAAUCAGCGAGAAAGGACAAUGAGACAGAGCGGAAACAGAGGAUUAUUGUCCCGAAAACGUUGAGAAUAGACGAUCCUAACGAAGCAGCGAAGAGCUCGAUAUGGACGACGUUAGGAAUCAAGAACGAAGGGAUGAUGAGUAAAGGCGGUGGGAUGUUCAAAGGGUUUGAUCAGAAGACGAAGAAGAUUAAUAACAACGAGAAAGCUGAGAACUCUCCUGUUCUCUCUGCUAACCCUGCUGCUCUGUCAAGAUCACUCAAUUUCCAUGAACGGAGUUAG